AUCCAUGGAUCUGCUCAGUUCUGAGGAAUGUUUGCUUAUAGCACAAAGAACUUUUCCAGAAAAGGAUAAAUGCAAUUUAAUUCUAUUAAAUUUUGAACUUCAAGCUGGCUCCAAUGACCUGAUGGGGUAUAUGGGGGAGUAUUACAAACUAAAUCUUGAAAUUCAAGAUGUUGUGGAAAAUGAGAAGCAUAAUCUGGACUACUUUAUCAAGUGCUUGCCAAGGAAAAACGAGCCCCAAAGGGAGGAGUGUGAAAGAAAGGGUGUUUUUCGGAAAGAAUCCGCCAUUUACACCGGAAUUUUGCCACAAAUACAGAAAUAUGCCACUAAGAAACUUUAUCCGAAAUGCUAUUAUAGCCGUAAUGAUAUUCUAGUUCUGGAAGAUCUAACUCAAAACUAUAGGCAUCUCAGACCUUCGGAGAAUUACACCAAAGAUCAUUACAAAGUGGUUUUGGAACAUUUGGCGGACAUGCAUGCCAGUAGUAUAGCCUGGGAGGAAAGGGAGAAAUUUAACAUAGAUGAACGUUAUAAGGAUGUGCUGGUGGAGUUACAUUUGAGUGCUGGAAAUAGUUGGUAUAUAACAGGACUAAAGGCCAUAGUAUUUUUGGCAGCUCGUCACCCUCAAUUACAAACCAAAGAAGCUCAAUAUUUCAUCAACAAUAAACUCUACAACCUCUUAACCAAAGCUGAAGAGUUGGUGAAGCCCUCAAAGACCAUCAGAAAUGUUUUUUGUCAUCGGGAUACUUGGGAUCGUAAUAUUUUAUAUCAAUUUCCAAACGAAUCAUCAAUACUACCCAGUGCCUGCUGCAUUGUGGACUUUCAGUUGGCGAAAUACUGUUCACCCACUCUUGAUGUUUUCUUUUUACUUUAUAUUGUGGCCUCGAAAAAAGUCCGAGAAGAGAUAUAUGACGAGUGUCUGGAACACUAUUACAACUGCCUUGAAUCGCAUCUAACUCGUUUGGGGUUUGGAGACCAGUUACCCAUCACUCGAGAGAAUUUCUUGGCAGAGUGCCAAAGGACACGACUGGCUGCUCUAAUUAUUUGGGCCCUGACCGAACCACAAACUAAAAUGUCAGCCACUGUUUCGAAUAGACUGAGAUCCGAAGAACCCGAAAAGUUUGACUUUUACCUCAACACCGAUCGAAGUGAAUUGCUAACGAGGGUUAUGAAGCUGCAGCCGGGAUAUGAGGAAACUAUCAUGUUGCCCGUCAAAGAGCUGGUGGAAUAUCUCAUGGAGAAUGAGCUGUUAUAUGAUUGAAGAUAGUCCCAAAUUAAUUGUAGAGUUUUAAUUUUUAUUUGGAACCUAUUUGUAAAGAGAGUCAUCUAACUAGAGUUGCAUAAAAUACAUAAAUUUCGACAAACAA